GAAAGCCGUUGACAUCAACACAUAACACUCGCGUCAUCUUGCCACUGGGCGAAGGAAUGAGCCAUCUCAGUCUGUCAGGAAGGCUGUAGAAUGCAGGCUCACUAACACGAGCACACGGCGGAAGCAACACAUGGACAAAGGCAUGAAUCUAUAUAUCUGUCGACAGGGUGUGGUAAUGGCAUUCAUCAAUCACCAUCCGACAGAUGCGAGCCACCUUAACAAACAACCAGACUCGGAAUGUCUUCAUGUGCCAUCAGCACACACGCCACACACAACAGACAGACGGACACAGCACAGCGGAUGUACGCGUUGGAUCCCACACAGACAGACACACGGCACACAUAAUCUCAUAAAGCGAACGAUCACACAGAGAGUGAGUGACACAGAGAAACACAAACUUACUCGACACACAAACAUACAGAAAAAGCCCAGUACAGAAAAUCACUAUGUCGUAUUCUUGAUCAUUAGCUUGGACAGCCUCUCCACGUUACUCGUGUAAACCAAACAAGGCUCUCCCGAUGGGGUCUCUCCCGGCUCAAUGUACACAUUCCAGUACUCAUCGCCUCUCCUCUGUUUCUCAAUCACAUCCACAAUAUGGUCCAUCACACGCUGCGGGUCAGCCGGCAGAAACAACAGCUCAUCGGCCUCGAAAUACAGCCGCUUCUCCUCGUCGUGAUAAUCGAUGUCGACGACAACCCAGGUCGACCCGUCCGUCACAAAGCCGUGAACUAGUCCGUCAGCCACCAGCCGCUUCAGCAGGGCCUGCUCGUGCCGCCAGCCGUUCAGAGGGCCGCCUGUCAUGAUGAUAAACAGCACCUUCUCGCCCCCGCACGACACAAUGACGUCAUCGCACUCCGAUAUCUGUGGGGAGAAUCCGACCUCAUUUGGAUCGCGCAAACCAUACUCGCAACGUCUGAAUCUGAUAUUGUCUUUGGUCCGGACGCGACGCCGUGUUCUCAGCUGCAGGCGCCUCAGUAAAGGGUCCACGAAGUCGUAGAAAAGAUUGGCCUUGAGUGACCCGAGAGGGCCCAGGAAGCGCUUGGGGUCGCGGAAAGCCUUGUUAAUUUCCUCGGUGUGCUCCUUGCUGAGUAAGAUUCGGUUACGGUCCGGACCCCUUACGACAGGCUCAGCUUCUUGUGACUGGGGAUCAUCAGGCCCGCGGUCAGCACACACAGACACAGACACACACAGAUCCUGAUGCAUGAUGCACGUGUAGAGCGAAUGAAUGUGUGUGUGAGGGGGGUACCCACCUGAUGCAAUUGGAUGACAUUGGCUGCGUGCCACUCGCUGUCAUUGCGGCAAGCUGCCAGCCUGUACGGGCGGCUCGGCUCCUGGCCUGCACACAUACCCAUGCAGUGGCAUGCACAUACACAGACACAGACGUGAUUGUGUGGGCAUCCGACACCGACAGACGGACCCACCGGAGAGUUCCAU